AUGUUUGGUAACAGUGUGCGCGCACGAGCCAAUCAAAUGUUUGUUUGUAUUGAUAGUUACCUGGGAUACGAAAGUUCAGCAGAGUAAACGAGCUGAAAAGUUGUUCUUGGAGAGGAUGUCGGAUGGAUCGUUUUUGGUAUCAGUGGAUGGUCAGAUCGAGUGGCUCGAAGUCCUCGCGCCGGCCGGGAGCAGAUGGCACUGCAAGUACGAAUUCGUAUCAGGUCCGGAUUGGCAGUUAAUCGGCGGUCUCGAGGCGGGCCUCUCGCAAACGGCGAACGUAAUCCAGAACGGGGAUAAAGUCACCCUCAAUCUGCCCAUACAGAUCGUCUACAAAUCCACCAAUCCGCAUGGAUGGCCUCAAAUCGUGCUGAGCGUGUACAGUGGGUUGCAGCUGGAGGGUUACGGACGCGCGCAUCUUCCGCUGCAGCCUGGGAUGCACUCCCUGGAGGUGCCUUUGAGCAGGCCGCAGCCGUCGUCGUUUCUCGGAUAUUUGGGAUCUUUGUUCGGGUACAGGCCGGAGCUGCUGCAGCCCAAGAUGCUCGCCACAACAGCCGGCAAUAACUUGAUCCGCAUGGUCUCCAGCGGCGACGCCAAGUUAUCGUUGAACAUCAUCAAUCAGAACCUGCAGAACCUCGGCUACGACGUGGGAAGUUCUUAAACGGCCAGGUAACCCCCA